GUACAAUGGGUGUGCCUUUUACUACCUUUACCCGAUAAUGGAAAAUGUGAAAUAGGGGACAUUUUGGUGCUGUAAGGAAGGGUGUCUUCUGUUGUUAAAAUACUGCAAAUUACCCAGGAUGGAAAGACUUUAAUGGGGGAGUUUCUGAGUUGACGUCCCGUGCAAUGGCCCCAUGGCGUCGCUGACAGCGCAGAUGGCAUAUUCAAAGUUGACCGACAUUAAUGAAGACUCCUUUUUGCAUUGGUAGUAGUAGUCGUAGUAGUAGUAGUCGUAGUAGUAGUAGUCGUAGUAGUCGUCGUAGUAGUAGUAGUAGUAGUAGUAGUAGUAGUAGUAGUAGUAAGGACCGUAGUAUAAACACAGCAUUCACAUGUCACGAUAAAGUAUGGACGGGUGGAGCCCAAUCGUAGCAACACCCUCGGAUAAUGACCGCUCCAGCUCCGAGGGGGAGUACAUGUUGGAGCCUGGACCCGAAGAUGAAACACGGGAGGCGGUGGACGGAGAGCAGCAGGGUAACCUGGAGAGGAUGGACCCCGGGGGUACCGCCGCUGUCGGGUUUGGGAUAAGUGGGACUGGGGAGGGCAAAGUGGUGUUGGGUCGAGUGGGACAGAGAGACGACAAAGAACUCCGGUACCUGCACUUGUUGUGGGAGCCGGGACGGGCUGAGCUGGGUGCCGGUUCUGUGGCGAGCAAGAUGGGGAAGGUGACGGGGAGCCGGGCCAGGAGGCACCACAGAGUUGUUCGGAACCUCGGUCCUAUGGGUAAAGAUAUUUAUGCUGUGAAAAGACUGAGGGAAGCAGCAAACAGCAAUGACAUCGACACAGUUCGAAAGCUACUGCAAGAUGACAUAGACCCCUGUGCAGCAGAUGACAAAGGGAGGACAGCCCUCCAUUUCUCUUCCUGCAAUGGCAAUGAGAGCAUUGUGCAAUUGCUGCUGAGCCACGGUGCUGACCCCAACCAGCGAGACAGUCUUGGGAAUACCCCCCUCCAUCUGGCGGCCUGUACCAACCACGUGCCUGUAAUUACCACAUUGCUGAGAGGAGGAGCCCGAGUGGAUGCCCUUGACCGAGCAGGCAGGACCCCUCUGCAUCUAGCACGCUCCAAGCUUAAUAUUCUGCAGGAGGGAGAUUCACGCAGCAUAGAAACCCUGAGAGGGGAAGUCACACAGAUCAUUCAAAUGCUGAGGGAAUACCUGAACCUAAUGGGCCAGAGUGAAGCUAAAGAGAGGCUGGAGCAUAUUUCCACACAGCUGCAGCACACACGCACCAAAGAGCAGGUGGAUGAGGUGACCGAUUUAUUGGCCAGUUUUACAUCACUCAGUCUACAGAAACAGAAUUUGGGGGAUAGGUAAAAGAUAAAGUUUAAAGAGAGCUGAAGUCCUGCUUCUUUUUAAGAAAGCCUCUGCUCCACUAGCCUUGGCUAGACAAGGAAAUACUUAACCAUAAUGCUUGGUUUUUCUUUCAAUAUUGGACUAAUAUGCUAACAAUGCAGACAUAUAUAUUCUUAUCUUGGUUUCUAAUGCCCAGUCCUGCAGUGUAGUAGAUAUUCAUUUUGCUUAUGGACAGAAAAUACUUUCACAUGUUAGCUUUUCAGAAAAAGGAUACAAGAAACCCCUUAGGGAAAUAUACAUUAAAAACAGGAUGCUAGUGGAACAGAAGCCACAGAAGUGCAGUGGGAUCUCGGCUCUCUUGUGUGUGCGUGUGUGUGCGUGUGUGCGUGUGUGUGCGUGUGUGUGCGUGUGUGUGUGUGUGUGUGUGUGCGUGUGUGUGAGAGAGAGAGGGUGUGUGUGUGUGAGAGAGGGUGUUGUUUAUGUGCUGACAUGUUCUCUUUUUGCCUGCUAUUAUUAGCUAAGAUCUAUAAUAAUUAUGAGACGUAUUGUCAUGAAAUGGUUAAAACAGUUUUCACUGUUGUAUUUUUGGUUUUCUUAUCAACAGCAUCUUUGUAUCUCGUUGCCUUUUUUCUCUUGUAUUGCAUGUUAUGUUUGUAUGUGAAACAUACUGUAACAGAUUAUUUGACUGUUGUUGGAACAUGGAUAUAUGUGAUUCAAUAAAUCAAUAUGUUUGGCUAUA